GGAAAAUAACGGAACAAAGGGCGUCCUUCCUCAGUUCCUCUUUCAGUCCUUCCUCUUUCCCCCAAAAUGAGGAUCAAAUAACAGUAUUGAGAUGAAAAAAAUUUUGGGCAUAAUAUUCAAACAAACUUUUCCAGAAUUUCAAUUCAAUCUCUCUCCAGGUAUUUUCCCUUUUUGGUGUAUUAUUUGAACUUCUGCUGUAACAAUGAAAUCAAGAUCCAGUAAUGAAGUUAGGGCUCAGAGGCCGAAGAGUACUCAAGGAGAGGGACCAAAUUGGGUGCUUGUUGUAGGUGGUGCCUUGUUAAGUACCUUAUCUGUCCGUCUUGGCUUCAAAUUGAAACAGGCACUUGAUUCUAAACAGCAAGACAAUGCUAUCUUGAAAGGUAACGAAAGAUCUGUUGGACGGAGGUUGGGAAAUUGUCGUUCAAAUUCAAGUUUACAUUCCUUUGGAUUAGAUGAGAAUAGCUGCUUCAAUUGUGCUUCAGGUAGCGAUUUCCACAAACGUAACACCUUUGGAGAACGUGUAAUGGAGGUUAAGAGUCCUGCAAAUGGCCAAAUUUUGACAGAACAUGAGGUGUCACUUCCUUUAGUGACUGUUCCUACACCUGAAUAUAGCAUGGUUUGGGUAUCAUCUCCAGAGCGUGGUGACCCACCACCAAAACCUUUCCAUCAGUCAAGUAAUUCAGACUCGCCAUGUGUCUCUGAAUCUGGGUCUGACAUGUUUAGUAAGCGAGAUGUAAUACAGAAACUCAGACAGCAGUUAAAGCGAAGAGAUGACUUGGUAGUGGAGAUGCAGGAUCAGAUUGCUGAACUACAGAAUGCACUUAAUGCGCAGAUGUCUCAUUCUGACAACUUACAGUCACAGCUUGAUUCUGCAAACAAAGAACUGUUUGAUUCCGAGCUAGAGAUCCAAAGACUGAGGAAAGCUAUUGCAGAUCAUUGUUUGGCACAUGGGGACUCUAAUGAAAAACUUUCUGACACGAAUUCACCAUCAGAGAAAAGAAACGGUCAUGUGAAUGGAUUUCUUAACGGAGAUGGUAAUUUUGGGUUCCAUGAUAAAAGUAUAGGAGUAGAUAAGGAAAGAAUUCAUAUGCUGAAAAAAGAAAUCAAAGGGCUGAAAGAAAUAAUUGAAGGGAAAGAGUAUCUACUGGAAGGUUACAAGGAGCAGAAGGUUGAGCUCUCUACUAAAUUGAAGGAACUGCAACUAAGAUUAGAUUCUCAGCUUCCACAUAUAUUGUAGGCAAAUCUGUUUUCUUUUCUCUUGCCCCUGCAACCCCCUCCCCCAUCCUGUUUCUUCUUUUUUGAUUAGUUAUGAGGAUUAUAGUGUUAGGGGAAGUUUCUUUCCUCUUUCCCAAAUCCCAUUGUUUGUGUGCCAACUGCCAAUGCUUUGAGCUGUAUAUAUAUCUUGCUUGCGCGCUA